AUGUCACUGCAGAGGAUCGUGCGUGUGUCCCUGGAGCAUGCCACCAGCGCUGUGUGUGUGGCUGGCGUGGAGACCCUCCUGGACAUUUAUGGAUCGGUACCUGAGGGCACAGAGAUGUUCGAGGUCUAUGGGACCCCUGGCGUGGACAUCUACAUCUCUCCUAGUGUGGAGAGGGGCCGGGAGCGCGCGGACACCAGGCGGCGGCACUUUGAUACGGGGUUGGAGAUCAUCGUGGUCAUGAACUCUCCCAGCAACGACCUCAAUGACAGUCAUGUGCAGAUUUCCUACCACUCCAGCCAUGAGCCCCUGCCCCUGGCCUAUGCGGUGCUCUACCUCACCUGUGUUGACAUUGCUCUGGAUUGUGACCUGAACUGUGAGGGCAGGCAGAAUAGCAGCUUUGUGGACAAGCGGGAUUGGGUCUGGGGGCCUGGCGGGUAUGGAGCCAUCCUGCUGGUGAACUGCGAUAGGGAUGAUCUGAACUGCAAUGACCAGGACAACCGUGACCGGCAUGUGCACUGCCUGCAAGACCUGGAAGACAUGUCCGUCAUGGUCCUGAAGACCCAAGGCCCCGCCGCCCUCUUUGAUGACCACAAACUUAUCCUCCACACUUCCAGCUAUGACGCCAAGUGGGCACGGGUCUUCCACGCCUGUGGUCCUGAAGACUCAUGCAAGUCCUACAGGCACGUGCUGGGCCAGGACAAGGUGUCCUACGAGGUGCCCCGCUUCCACGGGGACGAGGAACGCUUCUUUGUGGAGGGUCUCUCGUUCCCUGAUGCCAGCUUCACGGGGCUCGUCUCCUUCCAUGUCACCCUGCUGGACGACUCCAAUGAGGAUUUCUCUGAGUCCCCAAUCUUCACCGACACCGUGGUGUUUCGUGUGGCGCCCUGGAUUAUGACGCCCAGCACCCUGCCGCCCCUGGAGGUAUACGUGUGCCGUGUGAGGAACAACACAUAUUUUGUGGACGCCGUGGCGGAGCUGGCCACGAAGGCCGGCUGCAAGCUGACCAUCUGCCCGCAGAAUGAGAACCGCAAUGACCGCUGGAUCCAGGACGAGAUGGAGCUGGGCUAUGUUCAGGCCCCACACAAGACCUUCCCGGUGGUCUUUGACUCCCCCAGGAAUGGGGAACUGCAGGAUUUCCCUUACAAAAGAAUCCUGGGUCCAGAUUUCGGCUAUGUGACUCGGGAACCACAAGACAGCUCUGUGAGUGGCCUGGACUCCUUUGGGAACCUGGAGGUCAGCCCCCCAGUGGUGGCCAAUGGGAAAGAGUACCCCUUGGGGAGGAUCCUCAUCGGGGGCAACCUGCCUGGGUCCAGCGGUCGCCGGGUCACCCAGGUGGUGCGGGACUUCCUUUAUGCGCAGAGGGUGCAGCCCCCCGUGGAGCUCUUUGUGGACUGGCUGGCCGUGGGCCACGUGGAUGAGUUUCUGAGCUUCGUCCCUGCCCCCGAUGGGAAGGGCUUCCGGAUGCUCCUGGCCAGUCCUAGCGCCUGCUUCAAGCUCUUCCAGGCAAAGCAGAAGUGGGGCCACGGCGGUGCCCUCCUGUUCAAAGGGGUUGUUGGGGAUAAGCCAGUCAACACUGUCUCCAUCAACCAGGUCCUCUCCAACGUAAACCUCAUCAGUUACAAUAAGUUCGUGCAGAGCUGCAUCGACUGGAACCGGGAGGUGCUGAAGCGGGAGCUGGGCUUGACUGAGCAGGACAUCAUCGACAUCCCCCAGCUCUUCAAGACUGAGAGGAGAAAGGCGGUGGCCUUCUUCCCUGACUUGGUGAACAUGCUGGUGCUGGGGAAGCACCUGGGCAUCCCCAAGCCCUUCGGACCCAUCAUCAAUGGCCAAUGCUGCCUGGAGGAGAAGGUGCGGUCCCUGCUGGAGCCGCUGGGCCUCCACUGCACCUUCAUCGACGACUUCACGCCGUACCACACGCUGCACGGGGAGGUGCACUGCGGCACCAACGUGCGCCGGCAGCCCUUCUCCUUCAAGUGGUGGCGCAUGGUGCCCUGAGCCGGUCCCCCUCAUCCUCUCCCCCUGGGGUGGGACAUGGGCCGGUCCUGAACAAUAAGUAUCAAGAGACCCCAAGG